AUGAGGCCUCAGUUGACAAAAUUGCAAAACUUGUUGCUGGAAAUCUGCUACAUAAAAUUGAACUGUCCAAAGGAUUCUGUUUGCCAGGCAACCACAUUGUUUAGUGUUUUGGAGAACAAGUCGGUACCGUUUAUCUGCUACUCAGAAGAGCUGGAAGAAGCUGUAAAGACUCCAGCCUUUGUAAACCUGGGUCAGAAGUUGGGUGUACACGUGACGGACAGUAGUCGAUACUUCACCCUCAUUCCAAACUUUUGGACAGCACAAAUGUGCUUUGAUACUGCUAAGAAACUUGGUGAUUUGGAUUAUAGUAAACUGCAGUUCGAAACACAGAAUAAUCAGUUGCUCCCUGAACAGCUUGUUGGCGAUGAAACAAGACUUCCGGAUGAUGAAUAUGAUGAAGGCAAUGCUAGCCUCGAUUGUGACCUUAAACAACUAAGUAUUACAGAAAAGUUUAGCAUGACUAUCUCAAACUCUUUGUGGAUGAGGUUGGUUAAAAUGCAGAGUAGCCAGCAGGAUGCCUAACUCAUCAUCUGAAACAAUGUGAAAUAUACUUUACCUACAGAAUAUACAUUUAGAAAUUUUGGCUAGGUCCACCGUAGAACCCUCUGCACCAACAGAUACAUUGUCCCUUAUUCCACCAAAACAGGCAAAAAAAGGAAAGCAAAAAUAACUAAGUUAAAAAUAAAUUUAAAAAAAAAACAAGUUUAGGGCCAGCCUGAAGAAAAAGAGAGACAGAAGGAAAAAAUAGCUAAACCAAAGAAAGAGAGAGAUAGCUUUUGAGGUUAGAUUUAAAGGAUGAGAUGCUUGUAGAAUUUCCGAUUUUUAAAGGGAGUGAGUUAAAGACGAGGGGGCAUUGAAGUUGAAAGAAAGUUUAAAAAGUUCUAAGCAGGGCCUAGGAUAAAGGAUAGCAAAAGCAGUUAACAUGGAUGGCCUGUUUAGCAAUGAAUUAAUGUUUUCCCACAAUAUAGUAUUUGUUAAUGUUAUGUCCUAUCUCAGUAUAAAUUUAAGAAAUGGCACUCAACUAUAGCAGUGUAUGUGUAUAUAGAAUAUAUGUUCACAAAGACCUAUUUAUUUUAUAUGUAUAUUAUAAUAUAAUCUCAUCUUUCAUUAUUAUCAGUAUUAAUAACCACUUAUAUAUUUCAUGUACAUUGUAGUGACUAUUAUACAGUAAUACAUAAAUAACAACUACUACAGUACUUUGUAUUAUUUCAGUGUACUGACAUAUAUGUAAAACCCAAUUUUUAUUUAUAUCGUAAAAAUAUAUAACAACGAAAGUAAAUCUCUUGUUAUUUAGACAAUAAAGAAUAUAUUUCUGUAUA